AGUAUUUCUGGUAGGCGUGGCUGGUAGGGUUGUGUGCAUAUCCGCUUGGGCCUGGGGGCCGGGGAUAGGUUGCUCAUGUCCGUGCAAGAAGUCGUUGCCGGCUCUGAGAUACGAGGUGGAGGCUUCGCUAAGAGGAAAAAGGAGGGAAGAAUCAUAAGCAGCAGUAUCGAUCGUCUGAAAAGUCAAACACUCCGAGCUCACCUGCAGUACCCGGGUUUCUAUGAAGAAGAAAAAAACAAAAAAAAACAUUCUACUCAUUCAAGUAGCUACGGAGGAUUGCACGUCCCUUUGAGCAAAACCGCAGAAACCCCUACGGUGGAGACUUCGGUCAACACCCUGGACUGAUUUGACUGAGAAUGGCUAACUACACAAACAUGUCCGAUACGUUCAUCUUUAACGACACUGAAAACUCGACAGAGUUCAACUGUCUUGCGGACGACAUCAGCGAUUCAAACGUCACAAACAGCACCUUUUGGAGGAUAUUUCUAAAGAAAGGCGCCCCGGCAGUUUCCGUGGUGUUCGGAAUAUAUUUCCUACUGGCCUUCAUUUGGAAUCUGUUCAUAAUCGUCACGUUUCUCAACAAACGCAAGUUGCUACGGGAACCGGCAAACAUUCUCCUCCUCAAUCUGGCCAUCGCCGACCUCACCGUUGCCAUGACGCAGAUGUUUUUCAGCAUGGUUACCGCGGCAUACGUGGAAUUCGUUUUCGGUGCCAGCGACGUGGUGCGGUGCGGGAUGUGCGAUUUCACCGGUGUCUUCUUCAUGUUGCUCUACGCUGUUUCCGUGCACACCCUGGCGGUACUCUCGUUCGACCGGUUUCUCCUCCUCUUCCGCCCGUUUCGCUACAAGAAGAUCAUGACGCCGCGCAACACGGUCAUAAUCGUGGUCCUGGUUUGGGUCAUUUCGGCAGUUAUCUCUCUCCCUCCACUUGGCGGAUUCGGACAAAUCGAGUUCAAUCGCAGAUUCGGUUCCUGCGUACCGAGAUUUGGCGGAACGAACCUCCGUUCUGGCCUCAAUAACUUCUACUACAUUGUGUACGUUACCAUCACCAGCCUGUUUCCAAUAGUAACGAUCGCCGUGUGCAGUUUCUGGACGUACAGGUUCAUAAACAAGUUCCUGAGACGAAACUAUCGCCGACGGUCGUUUUACAGUCGCCGUGGGCGCGACAGCGGGGUUCAGCAACAGCAGGAAGACACGCGCUACCAUCACCAACAGCAACAACUGGUCAAGGUGUUCGGGGCGCUGCUCGUGAGCAACAUCGUCUCUUGGUUUCCUGUUAUUCUAGUUGUCGUGGUAAUCGCUGCCCUCGGUGGCCGACCAGAGAAAGUGCCCGAUGCUGUGUACGUCGUCGGUUGGGUUUGCUUCCUAACCGCUCCCGUUUUUCAUCCAAUCAUCGAGUCUUUCUUCGUAAAAGACAUGCGUCUCGUGGUGUGCAAGGGCAUCACCCGAGUCAACAGAGCGGGCUCUUUCAUUGCCCGAUCGACCACGGGCAUGUUUGCAAACAAGGACAUGGAAAUGGCAAACGAGAAGGCAGAGGACACAGAGUACGUGAGCAAGAGAAAGAUUAAGUUUUUCAGGAGGGGUGGAUCGAAACGGAGUCGACUCACCAGCCAGCUCUCCAUGACAACGGAAGUGACCGACAUUCCGUUGCCGAGUUCCCGUAACAACACUCCGAGUCCGUCGGUGACACAGAAACUGGAGCAAGCCAACCGCGCAGCCACCGCAACAGUUGACGCGGUCCAACUGAGAGAUAAGUCUUCACCGAAUGAUGACGCUGAGUGUUUUUCGUCCAAACCGGCCCGACGAAUCACAUUCUCUGACGAGUCUCCGCCCCUUUUACACCGCGACGAGGGCUCCGUAUCCGGGGAAACGGCCGAGUCACCGGUCACCAGAAAUGGAGUCAGGAAAUCUGCGAUGAAGUUGUCGAGUCGCGAUCGUCCUGUCGUUGACCCCUGUCGGCGAAAUCGAUCCUGAAGACAGCAAUUCAUCCGCAGACGGAGUGUAUUUGCUGUCCAGCCAGCCCCCAGAAUCUCACAGAUGGAGGACGUGGAAUGGAAUCAGAUCUGACUCUAUCGGGGUACGGGAACCGGACGGUGCAAGAGAGCGAGCAGCUGCACGAGGAGCCGGGAAGCCCGUCAAAUUCAAACGGAGAGGGCGACAAUGCGAGCGAACUAAAACUGCUAGAGACGGUCUACGACUCAGAAAGAAGCAAGCGGGACAUUAGUUUGAUUUUCAUAUUUUUUCGUGUUUGUUGUGUCGUGUCCGUUUUUGCAUCAUGCAACAUGCAUGUACAUAUACCUGUGCUAUAUGUAGAAUAUGAUCAUAUCACACCACACACCUAUAUAACAAACUAACCACCUUUGCAUCACUGACAAAAUUUUUAAUGCGAACUUUCCAACUGCAGAAAUGCACAAUUCAGCUAUAAUAAUAGAACCAACGAUAAUUAAUUCGAUCCCCAGCACAUUUCGAAUUCCUUUCAUGGGCAUAACUUAGGUCGAGCAUUACAAUACUGAAGAAACCCUGCAAACGAUAUGAAUCAUGGCGCAAGUAUAGUGCUUAUGAAACAACACAACUACGUACACAUUAUAUAGCCAGAACAACAACAACAAACGAAAAACAACAACAAGCAACAGAAUUGCAAUUUGCACAAUGAGGAAUGAACUGUGGCAGUGAUGACAUGAAGUUAUGUAAGGUGACUUCACAAGUUUCACAGUCUCUGGAUCCUCUGCAGCAGUCCGGGAUCCAGGUACGGGAGUCC